UGGUUAAUGAUCGCAUUAAGUUAGUCGGAAGACAUUCGCGAGUGUUAUUAUAUGGGAGUAUUCAAUAAACAAAGUGUAUCUGCCUAUUUUCGCUUCGUGCCAGGAAGCCGCUUCAUAACUCGAAAGUUUAUGCGGACUUUUGAGUUAAUUCGUUUGGGGUUCGGAGUAGGAGUCUACUUCGAGGGUGGGGGCUUAGGUUUCAUCAUCAUCACCUUUCAUCAUUUCAUUAAUCAUCAAGAAAAAAAAUACGUCAGACAUGGCUGUAUGGGCAUAGUUCCCUUUGCCUUACCCUUCGGGGAAAACCAAACCAAAAAAAAAAAAAAAAGGAUAAAAAAGUUAAAAAAAAAAAAGAAAUCAAAUGACAUUUCAUCGGCUUCAUCGUGAUCGAGCAAAGUUAAGGUAGUGGAACUUCUGCACCAGUACAAUGACAUCAAGGACGCCACACAAGUUGUUAUCAAUCACAUAGCCAACAUUGAGGGCACUACCGUCACUGAAAUACAUAAACGCUUAAACCUUACGGAAUGAAAUAAAACACACACAUAAUGA